ACACCAAAUGAAGGGGAACAUGGCAGCUGGCGUCCGUGUUCAGCAUGGGUUAUUAAGCAGAAAAACAUCACUGCUUUACAGUCUUCCCAGAAAGAUAGCACCGAACAGAGUUUGCAUCCAAAGAGCGGCUGAAAUACAGACUGUGAGAGCGUCAACAAACACCGCAGGCGAGGCUCAGCACAAUGAGAAGUACUGUCUGGACCUGGUCAGGUCCAGGGACUACGAGGGUUUUUUGUCGUGUCUCCUCCUCCCUGAGGAGGCGCGACGCUCCUCUUUGGCUCUGAGAGCCUUUAAUGUGGAGCUGGCACAGGCAGGUGAAGGACUCAGUUUCCCAGAAGACUAUUGGUCUGAUGCGAAUGCAGUUCUGGAAGACAACCAUAGACGAGAUCUACAGAGAUGACCCACCGAACCAGCCAAUCAGCACUGAGCUGUGGAGGGCAGUGAGGACACAUGGCCUAACAAAAAGAUGGCUGACAAGGAUUGUUACAGAGAGAGAAAAGGAUCUGGAUGACAGAGCCUACAGGAACAUUCAGGAACUUGAGAAGUAUUCAGAGAACGCACAGUCUUCACUAUUAUACCUGCUGCUGGAGUGCUUGGGCGUGAAAAAUGUCCACGCAGAUCACGCAGCGAGUCACAUUGGAAAAGCUCAGGGAAUCGUCACGUGUCUCAGAGCGACUCCACACCACAGUAGCCGGCGGAAAGUCUACCUACCCAUGGAUAUAUGCAUGCUGCACGGAGCUUCUCAGGAGGACUUCAUCCGUGGCAGCCGGGAGAAGAACGUUCGAGAUGUUGUGUACGACAUCGCUAGUCAGGCUCAUGUGCACCUUGAACAUGCGCGAUCAUUUAGCCACAACGUUCCAGCAGCUGCAACCCCGGCCUUCAUUCACACUGUCGUGUUAGAAGACUAUCUGCAGAGAGUAAGGAAAGCUGAUUUUGAUGUUUUCCACAAGAGCCUGCGGAACAGAAACCCACUGCUCCCUUUCCAGCUGUACCUCCGUUCCUGGAAGAAGACCUACUGAUUCCAGCUCUCCCAGUUCAACCAGUUUGACUCUAAGCAACCUGCAGAUCUGCCAGACCACGACUUCACCCUUUGAGAUUCUGGUCUCAGAAUGCUAAUUAGCAGGUUAAUAAAGCCACACAGACUCAGUCAGACAUCAGCACUGGCACUGAGAUCCUCACGCUUAGUGAAACUACAGACCACAACUGGCUGGUUUUUGUUCUCACCAGCUUUGCAACAUCAAUAGCAACCUGCAGCUUUUACAUGGGAUGCUGCUCCUAAUCUAAUCACACUCCUCAGUCUCAAAGUAUAACUUAAUAGUUUUGACCAUACAAAGUUUUCCAACUGUGAAAUCCUGACUAACACAGUUAAGAGAGUCUCUCUGUUUUCUUUCCUCUCCUACAUGAAAAACCCUUCCAGGCUGCCGAGGACAAAAUAACCAAGUGUUUUGAUGCCGUUUUGUUCCUGGAUGUUGAAGGUCCUGCACAAAAGAGCAACAUUAAUUUGAAAGAACAGGAUCUCAGGAUAAUAAAGCAAAUUAUGUGAGUGCAGGGAGCUCCAAAUACAAAACAUUUUAUCUACGAGAAAUAGAAAUUACCCCCGUAGAGAGCAGUCUGAAGUUUCCUACUACACAAAGACACUCAGACCAAUCUCACUGUGUGGGGCUGUUACAGCAGCUGGUAUCAACCCAGAGGUACUGUGGAUAGAAAUAAAAACUAGUCUUUUACACUGAUGCCCUGGUGAAACCAUGAAGGAAAUUGUCACUAACCUACUGUCCUGAAAUAAAAUCAUGUAUUUUGUAUAUGUAAUAUUAAAAACCAACAGUAUCUCUAAAUAA